AUGGUAUCAGAGCUGAUGGAUUGGAAGGAUGAUGGUGGUGCUACGGGUCCGGCGUUUGAAGUUUUACAGGCUGUGAGGGCUAGAUGCUUGGGUUGUUGGUGCGUGGUGGAGGAUGGUGAUAAUGGUGGUGGAACCGAUGGUGUUGCAGGUGAUGAGAGGAGGACAUUUCGAGUUUUACUGCAUAUGGUUGGGCAUUUACUGAAUGUCAGUGGUGGAAAAGGGUCAGUCAUAUGCAGGGCUGUUGGUGGUGCAGUGGAUGUGAAGAAGGUAGGGGAGAUGGGGAGACCGAUGGACUUGGCUGAGAUGAAAAGGGAGCUGAAGGGGGUGGAAUUUGGUUUAUUGGUUUGA